UAUUACAAAUUAUACAAUUUUUUGGACGGUUUUUCCAAUACAAGUGUGGUUAUUAUGUUGACUUCAACAAAUCUUACGAUAACUGAUGAUAUUUUCCUUAGAACGAGAUUCGCUCGUGCUGUUUCUGGUUUUUUUACAUGGGCAGCUCUGUUUAUUACUUCAUAUCAUAUUUACCAACAUCUUAGAUGGUAUUCUUGUCCCAUCGAACAGCGAUGGAUUGUUCGAAUAUUAUUUAUCGUACCAAUGUACUCACUGGAUUCAUGGUUAAGCCUGUUGUUCUUGUCGAAUAAUGUCUACGUAUAUUUCAAUGCUGUUCGUGAUUGCUACGAAGCAUUUGUGAUCUACAGUUUUCUUAGUUUGUGUUACGAAUAUCUAGGCGGUGAAAGUAAUAUAAUGGCCGAAAUACGAGGAAAACCAAUUAGACCUACGAACUAUUUUACAUGCACAUGUUGUUUAACUGGAAAACAAUAUACCAUAGAAUUUCUUCGCUUCUGCAAACAAGCAACUCUUCAAUUCUGUAUCAUUAAACCAAUCAUGGCUUGUUUGACAUUAUUUCUUAUGAUGAUUGGUAAAUAUGAAGAUGGAAAUUGGAGUGGUGAUCAAGGCUAUUUAUAUAUUACAAUUGUUUACAAUGUGUCCAUAUCCUUAGCACUUUACGGAUUAUUUCUGUUUUAUACAGCUACACGUGAUCUUCUCUCUCCAUACAAUCCCGUUCUGAAAUUCCUGACUGUGAAAUCGGUCAUUUUUCUAUCGUUUUGGCAAGGUUUCCUACUUGCUGUUCUUGGUUUGACGUCGGCGAUCGAUCCAGUGUAUGAUGUAAAAGGAUAUGAAAUAAUAUCGAGAGGAACAGUUGCAGCUGGUUGGCAGAAUUUUUUCAUUUGCAUUGAAAUGUUCUUCGCUGCUAUCGCUCUUCGUUUUGCCUUUAGCGUUAGCGGAUAUAUCGACACUAGUGGAAUAAACAGCAACAUUGAUGGAAAUCCGGUUACGCUACAGAGUAUCAGCCAUUCACUCAAAGAGACUAUGAAUCCAAAAGAUAUUAUGCAAGAUGCCAUCCAUAAUUUUCAUCCUCAGUAUCAACAGUACACACAGGUAUAUUUUAUGAAAAAUCGAAGUGAUAUAUUGAGUAUUUUUCUUAAGUCGCUAUGUUAUGAAUUUAUAUUUGUAUUGUAUAUUGUAAAUAAAUUGAGGAAAAGCUCAUAA